AUGCCGUGGCUGGACGACGACGACGCGAACGCGAUCGGCGACGGCGCGCUCAUGGGCGGCGGCGCGUCCGGCGUGGCGUGGAUGACGCGGAGAGAACGCAAGGCGUACAAAAAGGCGUCGAAGAAGCGACGAUUCGCCGCGAAGAAGGCGAGGAAUCGACCGGAGGUGAGCGUCCCGGAGGCGCUCGCGAAGCUUCUGGACGACCGCGAGGACGUCGUCGUCGUCGCCGCGAUACGCGCGAUCGGCGCCGCCCUGGACGGGUUACGGCGGUCGGACGGACGGAAGAUGCCGGCGGACGGCGAAGAGAUGACGCUUCUCGACGCGAAGCAAACCGCGGGGCCGCUGUACAGACUCGCGCACAUACGGAAGCUCCCCGCGGAAUUUCCGGACGACGACGAGAUGCUCGAGAAAGCCGCGGCGAUUCGCAAGAAGCACCUCGCGCGGAAGAGCGGCGACAGCGACUACACGACGAGCAGCAUGGCGGGCUCUGACGACGACGACGACGACGACGACGGCGACGACGACGGCGAGAGAAAAAAAGAAGACCGAGGAAAGGACGCCGCGCGCGGCGGCGGCGGCGACGGCGGCUCAACGCCGACCGGGUCCCGCUUCACGGCGUCCGACACGGAAGGCUCCGGCACGGAGUCCGAGGACGACUUCGGCGGGCUGUACGGGAACAUGUUCAACCGCGAGCCGUCGCCGAUGGAUUUCGUGCUGGACGCGCCCGGAGUGCUCUCCGGUUUAGUCCUCUGCACUGCGCACCGAUCGCCGACGGUGCGCUCCGCCGCGCACGAGGAACUCGUGCGCAUGGCGACGGACGACGACGUCGCGACGACGGCGAAGCGCAUCAUGGAACUCCUCGAAAACGUCAGCGACUCCAGGGUCCGCGUGAAAUCGUUGGAGUUCAUAAAGACGCUCGUCUUCGCGCGUCUGAAGGAGCUCACGGACGCGGCGGCGGAAAACGGCGGCGCCCACUUCGGCGGCCGCGCCGGGUACGUCGAGGACGACCCUCUCUUCUCGAACCAGCGCGCGACCGCGGAUCACCUCGGCCGCGAGUCCGUGGAUCUCGUCGUCGGCGUCGAGUCCGCGCCGAGGGAGACGCCGUGCGUCACCGCGCUUCUCGCGCAAGAGGGCGUCUUCGUCGUCGCCGCGUGUCUGGACGAUCGAGACAGCGCGUUGGCGAGAGUCACCGCGUUGCAGUUGCUUCGCGCGAUGUGGGAGACGCUCGCCGCGGACGAGGGCAACGUCGCGGACGUCGCCACCGAGGGGAGGCUCGCGCUGUUCCGCGAGUGCGGCGUGCUCGUCAGGCUGGAGAGGUUGCGAGACGAGAGCGGCGACCGCGCGACGAUCGAAGCGGUGGACGCGCUCGCGCAGAGAAUCCUGGAGAGCGACGCGAACGCAGCGCACGAGAUGGGGGUGCUGAGAGACGCGCGCUCGGAAGGUUUCUCCGUGGAGACGCGCAAGGACGGGUUCCUGGAGGCGAAGAGAGCGCGCGCGGCGAGGGAGGCGAGCCGCGCGAGCGACCGCGCGUCGUCGAGAUCGAAAUCCCCGCGUUCGCCCGCGAACGGCCGCGGCUCCCCGACCGGGUCGUUCGGUCUUCUCGAACCCUCCGGAUCCGGCGGCGACGGCGACGCCACCUACCGAAGCGGCGACACGUACACCGAGCGCGCGUCGAUGUUCGAGACGACCACGACGCCCGGUCGACGACGGACCCCGCGCGGGGACGUCUCCGAGCGGUCCAUCGGGUCCGAUCGAUACGUCCCGUCGCACUUGGACGGGAGCUCGCGCAAAGGCGGCGGCGCGUCGACGCGUCGCGACGCGGAGACGGAGGAUUACGCGGCGAAACGUUGGGACGAAUACGUCAAGGCGAAAGCGCCGCCCACCGCGCGGUUCAUGCGCGCGAAGCCGGAUGCUGACCUGACCGGACGCGCGAGGGAGUCGGAGGCGCGAGAGAGGCACCGCGCGCGGCCGAUCGGGACGAAAGCGAGCGACGGCCUGGGACGGUGGGCCGGGCUCGUCGCGAGUAAGAGGCCGGCGGUCGCGACGCGGUCCGCGUCGGCGAAACCGUCCGGCGCGGCGGCGGCGGCGGCGGCGGCGGACGGCGGCGGCGACGCCGCCGCUCGGAGUCGCGGAAGCUCGGAAAGCGGCCGCGGCGACCUCGGGUCCGCGCGCGGGAGCGAAGGUCGCGGCCGCGACCCCUCGCGCGAGGUCCUGGAGCGGCGCGGCGCGUUCGUUCGAGCGCGGAUGCCGAUCCGGCCGUCGCCCGCGCACGUCGCCGCGGGCGCGCCCAAGCCGGUGUCCAGACGCGCGCGCGGCGAGCCGAGCGGGCCGGGCCCGGACCGCGCGCCCUCGCGGCCGCCGCGCGCGUCGUACGCCGCGGUCGACGCCUCCGCGGGGCGGCGGGGCGAAGAGGAAGAAGUGGACGCGCGUCGUUCGACGUGGCGCGAGCGCGCGAGCGAGUACAUCCUCGCGGGCGGCGGCGGCGGACGCAGACGCGGCGGCGGCGGCGGCGGCGGACGACGCGGACCGCACGAGCGCGGCGUCCUGCGCGACGGGCGCGUCGGGCUCGCGGGGCAGCCAUCGAGGGCGACGGAAGGGCCGGAGGAUAUGUUUCCGAGUUACGGCGGGCGCCGAGGCGCGUUCGAGAGCCGUCCGGGGAGGAUGGACGACGGCGACGACGACGGCGCGGCGGCGUUACCCGGAGCGCUGCGCUCGUUGAGCGGCGACAGCGCGAGCGAGCGGAAUUACCGAUGA